AUGCUCGCGAAGCGCGACCUCGCGGUGAUGUUCCUCAGCCUCUUCGCGGUGUACCACUCGCUCCUUCGCGACGGCGUCGUGUCCUUCGAUCGCGCGUGGUACGUCCCCGCGGAGGAAUCCUCCGACGAUCUCGCCGCGUCCUCCGCGCGGGGCGAUCGCGCGGGCCCCGGGACCUUCGCGUCGUCCGCGCGUUUCGGCGGCGGAGGGGUCGCCGCGACGCGAUCCUCGCGCGCGCCGCCGCCGGUGUUCUUCGACCUGAACGGCGACGGCGUGAACGAGAUGAUCGUCGCGUCGAGGACCCUCGCGGAGAUCCGCGUGGUGUCCGUGCCGUCGUCCGCGUCGCGACGACGACGACGCGACGGAGGCGGCGGCGCGGGAGGCGACGGAGGCGGCGAUCACGGCGACGAGGGGAUCCACGACGACGACGCGGACGUGUUCGCCGCGCUGACGACGACGGCGACGGCGUCGCUGCUCCCGGCGAACACGCGCGUCGUCGCGGGGCGGACGCCGAUCGCGCUCGCGGCGGGGCAUCUGACGCCUCCCCGCUCCUCCGGAUCCUCCUCCCGCGCGAACUCGAACGUUAAAACUCGAAAAGCGGUCGUCGUCGUCGUCACCAGCGGAUGGCACCUCCUCUGCUUCGACCACAACCUGAGGCUGCUCUGGGAGGUGGCCCUCAGCGGCGAGUUCCCGAGACGCGCGCGAAUUCGCGAAGUCGCCGUCGUCGUCUCGGCGCACGCGACGUACGAGGGCGACGUCGGCGCGGUGAUCGUCGGCGGACGCGUCGAGACGGGGACGCGCGACGACGACGACGAGGGCGGUGGCGGCGGCGACAGCCUCGGCGACGCGUUCGAGAGACAGCUGGACGACGAGGACGUGCUCCGGACGCACCGCGGCGGCGCGAAGGCCACCGCGCGGGAGAUGGAAGCCGCGGAGAAGGACGGGUCCAACGCGGAGGGCGACGGCACGGGCGCGGGAAAAGGCCGGCUCGAUCGAUCGCGGCACUUCAACUACUACGCGUUCGAGGGCAAGACCGGCGCGCGGCGAUGGAAGCACGAGAGCGAGGAUUUUCACCGCGACGUCGACGCGCUCGUCGAUCGCCUCACGCCGCAGCACGACUACCGGCUCGACGCAGGCGCGUUCACGUUUACACUGGUUCCCAUACGACCCCCGGCGCUCGAGGGGAGACACUACGGCGAGGUGUCGUGCCGAGAAUUCCGCGAGAGCGUGGUGAAGCGCGCGCUGCCGCAUCAGUGGAGGGAACGCGAGGACACGAGGCUCGUCGUCGCGGCGUUCGAGAAGCACAAGCCGCACAAGGGCGCGAGAUCGAACGCGGUCGGGAGAGGCGGCGCCGCGACGGUUGACGGUUCGUCUUCGCGCGGCGCGCGAGGCGCGGAGCACGGCACGAACGCGUUCGCGCGCGCGUUGGGAACGACCGCGCGCGCGGUCGCGACCGGAGGCGCCUCGAACCGCGGCGGCGCGUCGUCCAGGGGCCCUGGAGGAAAGACGACGACGGCGACGCGGAACACGCAUCGCCGCGUGAAGCGUCCGUCGAGCGGCGGCGACCCGCCGAACGUCGUCGUCGCGCACGUCGAGGAAGGGAUCGAGAUUUUACACCUGCACACCGGCCGGACGCUGUGUAAGGCGCGUUCUAUACACUGGUCCCCAUACGACCGCGUUGGCGUGGUGAACGCCGAUCCUUAA